GGGGAAUCAGUUUCGGAUUUUUCGGAAACCCUUCAAAUAACGCGGCAGCGCUAUGUGGAAAAUCGCACUUUAUUUCCCGGUUUUCCUAGCGGUAAUUUCCGCGCAAAACAGCCAUGAUGAUAUUAUCGAAUACGUGGAAAAUUUGCCGGCUAGUACAUGGCAAGCCGGACCGACCAGUUUGACGGAGUACGACAUGGCCACACUGGCCAAAAUGUCCGGCAGCCAAAGCCGGUCCAUGGACGAAAUCAGUAAACAGCCAAGUAAAAUCCCCAGCAAAGAAUCGACGUUGUCACGGUUAAGUCUGCCACCGUCGUUUGAUGCACGGCUUAAUUGGCCCAACUGCCAAAGCAUCCAGGAGAUUCGCAAUCAAGGCAUGUGCGGGUCAUGCUGGGCUCAUGCCGGAGUGUCCGUGCUCUCAGACCGUAUCUGCAUCGCAUCGGCUGGACAAAAUGUCUACGCGAAACUAGCUGUACAGGACCCGCUAGUGUGCAGUGGCGGGAGCGCCAAUUUGUGUAACGGUGGCUAUGUGGACGUUCCGUACACCAUGUUCAUUAACAAAGGCCUCGUCACCGGUGGAGAUUACGGCAGCAACCAGGGUUGCAUGCCGUACCAGGCAUUCACCACUGCAGUGGCGACCGCUACCACCUCCACCAGCUGCAACAGCUCCUGCUGGAAUCCGACAUUCACUAGGACAUACGCGCAAGAUAAAUUUUUUGGUAAAGAGGCGUUUCUCGCCCCGCGGCUUCUCCGUCCAUUCUGGGGAGGCAUCUCCGUCCAUUCUGAGGAGGAAUCCAUCGCGGGAGGCGUCCAUCUCCGUCAGUUGGGAGGAUCCAUCACGUUCCGCGUGGGGGUGGGAAUGUGGAACUUAUUACGGUAUGGGCAACCUGUUCACAAGCGGUCCCACCGGCGGCCUGCGGUGUCCGUGAAGAACGAAUCCGUCAUAAAACAGAUCCAGUUUGAGCUCAUGUCCAACGGGCCUAUGACGACGGUUAUUCAGGUGUAUCAAGAUCUGUACUCCUAUCAGUCUGGAGUGUACCAGCACGUGACCGGCGGCCUGGUAGGCGGGCACGCCGUCAAGUUGAUUGGUUGGGGCACGGAGAACGGGGUGGAUUACUGGUUGGUGGCCAAUUCCUGGGGGACUGGAUGGGGGAUCGGGGGGUUCUUCAAGUUCCUCCGGGGAACUAACCAUUUAGGAAUUGAGGAUUAUUUGAUGGCGGGGACCGCGCUGCAGACCACGACCACCACCGGGCCGUCGACGACGACCAGCACGACGACGACCACAACGACGACGACGCCGAUCACAACGCCCGCCAAAGCCGGUCGCCCUGCUGGUUACGACCGUUGCGAUCCUCUGUUCUGCUUCGACAAAGCCGGUGGCAACUACCAGUUGAGUCCGUGCAGCAAGAACUACUGCAACUGCCAGAACAAAGUGCCCACGUGGCAGCGCUGCGAUGUCGGUCAGUAUUUCGACAAAUCCACGCUGUCGUGCAAAGCCCCCAACGCCACCUUCUGCGCGCCGAAGGCACCGGCGCCCCUGAGCAACGCGUCAUGGCCGUCGCCUCCACCAGCUAUCUUUGCCAAAGCCUGCAACCUGGCCAACUGCCAAGGACGGGGCGGGGCGUACACGUGGUACGGACUGGCGCUGUGUCAGCCGUACUGGUGCUACUGCUGGUCUAACAUCAAUCCUCCGCAACAGGCCGUGCAGACCUGUCCGCCCGGGAUGUGGUUCGAUUUCCGCACGGAAAGGCGCAGUGUGCACCGCCUAGUGAUUUUGUCUGGUGCUAAAUUGACGAGAAUUAUUUCUUGUCUGAAUAGUUUUAAUGCUUCCGGAUUCGUGUUUAAAUAAACGGAAUAAUUGCGGGCGGCAUGCAUUUCGACAUGCACAUGGUGUUUUGCUGUGUAGGAAAUGGGAAUGCCAUUCUCUGCAUGGUGCAGCCGCUGUCAUUGCAUAUGCUAUCGAGA